AUGACUAACUCUUCCUUGCACAGUAUAGGUUAUUUUUCACUGUCUGGCUUUGGUGCAACAGUCAACUACAGAGUUCCACUUUUCUCUCUCUCUUUAUUAUGUUAUUGUGCAAUUUUGCUGGUAAAUGUUUCUCUCAUUUUAACCAUAGUUUUGGAUCACACCCUACAUGAACCCAUGUACGCAUUUAUAUGUAAUCUGUGCAUUAAUGGACUUUAUGGAACUGCAGGCUUUUAUCCUAAGUUUUUUUCUGAUCUUUUGUCUGACAUUCAUAUAAUAUCAUACGCAGGAUGCCUUUUGCAGAUCUAUGUUAUAUACUCCUAUGCAAUGGUUGACUACUCCAUUUUAGCGUUGAUGUCCUAUGAUCGAUAUGUGGCUAUAUGUCGUCCUUUGGAGUACCACUCUAUGAUGUCUGUGCCAAGGGUUUCUGUACUAGUUAGUUUAACCUGGCUUGUUCCUUUGAGUGCAGAGGCAUUGAUGAUCUCUUUGACAUCUAGACUGAAAUUAUGUGGCUCCCACAUACAGAAGCUCUACUGUGAGAAUUGGUCAGUCGUUAAACUUGCUUGUGGCUCAGCAGUCGCUAACAGCACCGUCGGGUUGUUUUUCAUUUCUUUCUAUUGUGGACACGCUCUCUUUAUUGUGUGCUCGUAUGUGCAGCUGGUAAAAUCAGCUUUAAAGUCAAAAGAGAGCAGGAGUAAGUUUACUCGGACAUGCGUGCCACAUUUGUUCUGUCUGCUUAACGUCACAGCUGCUCUGCUUUUUGACCUCAUGUACGCACGAUAUGGAGCCACAUCUGUGCCGCAGAACGUGAGGAACUUCAUGGCCAUACAGUUUCUUAUCUUCCCACCUGUACUGAAUCCUGUCAUUUAUGGACUCAUCCUGACUAAAAUUAGAAACAGAAUGAUCUAUUUGUGCACCAUUUCAAGUCAGAGGUUUAAAUGA